AUGAUCAGAUAUAUGAAAAACACUCAGGGUAGGAAUCAGACAGAAGUGACAGAAUUUAUCCUCUUAGGACUCUCAGAAAACCCAGAUCUAAAAAUUAUCCUCUUUGGAUUGUUUCUAUUAAUCUACAUGGCAACCAUGUUGGGUAAUUUGGGAAUGAUCGUGUUGAUUAAGAUUGAUUCCUGUCUCCACACUCCCAUGUACUACUUUCUCAGCAGCCUCUCCUUUGUUGAUGCCUUUUACUCCUCUUCUGUCACUCCUAAGAUGCUAGUGAACCUUGUGUCUGAGAAUAAGGCCAUUUCUUUCAAAGGAUGUGCUGCCCAAUUCUACUUUUUUGGCUCCUUCCUGGGGACUGAGUGCUUCCUGUUGGCCAUGAUGGCAUAUGACCGCUACGCAGCCAUUUGGAAUCCUCUGCUCUACCCAGUUCUCAUGUCUUGGAGAAUUUGCUUCUUUUUUGUGGCUACCUCAUUCCUAGCAGGCUUUGGGAAUGCAGCCAUCCACACAGGGAUGACUUUCAGAUUGUCGUUUUGUGGCUCUAACAAGAUCAACCAUUUCUACUGUGACACUCCACCUCUGCUCAAACUUUCUUGCUCUGACACCCACAUCAAUGGCAUUGUCAUCAUGGCUUUCUCCAGUUUUAAUGUCAUCAGCUGUGUUAUGAUUGUCUUCGUGUCCUACCUAUGCAUCCUCAUCACCAUUUUGAGGAUGCCUUCAUUAGAGGGCAGGCAAAAAGCCUUCUCCACCUGUGCCUCCCACCUCAUGGCUGUCACCAUAUUCUUUGGGACAAUUCUCUUCAUGUACUUGCGCCCCACCUCCAGCUACUCAAUGGAGCAGGACAAGGUUGUCUCUGUCUUUUAUACAGUGGUUAUCCCUGUGCUAAAUCCCCUUAUCUACAGUUUGAAAAAUAAGGAUGUGAAAGAAGCCCUAAAAAAAGUCUUACAGAAACACAUACUCUAA